CCUCAACCACACAUCCCUCAUCCACGACAGCUCUCGUCCUCUAGAAACCGCCUCCCCUUCUGCCUUCGCUCGCAUCUCGCCGCCGCCGCCCGCACCGAACACGAACCUGCCCGCGCGCCCGACGCACACACGAGCGGAGCCGUCUCUACCUCAUAACCCCCCCAACCGACGACCGACGCCGGGUUGCCUAUCCCCAUCCAUACAUCCGUCCACCACUCUCCCGCCCAUCAUGUCGGCCCAGAACUCGGCGGGCAUCCAGACCCUCCUCGACGCUGAGAGGGAAGCGUCCAAGAUUGUCCAGAAGGCCCGAGAAUUCCGGACGAAGCGCGUCAGAGAGGCCCGCGACGAGGCCAAGAAGGAGAUUGCCGAGUAUAAGGCCCGCAAGGACGACGAGUUCAAGAAGUUUGAGUCAGAGCACAGCAGAGGCAACAAGGAGGCCGAGGACGAGGCCACCAAGGAGGCUGACAAGGAGAUCAAGGCCAUCAAGGACGCCGGCCAGAAGGGCCAGGCCGGCGUCGUCAAGAAUCUCCUCAGCGCCGUCUUUGACGUCAAGCCUGUGCCGCCUGAGAAGGCGUGAUUUGGUCGUUGCACGAACAGACGGACGGAUUGAGGCUCCGGCGUGUACAUGGCGUAUGUGCAUGCGUGAGUGUGUGUAUGUGCGACGGGUGGAUGAAGAAGGGGGCGUGUAGCAUUGUUUCAAUGGAAGGAGGCGCGGUCGUGGUGGCGGUGAUGGCAGCCGACACGGGCUGAUGGGGACCUUGUACGUCCUCCAGCCAUGGAUGCAUGGAUGGCCCUGUUUUACAUGAAUACAUACACAUCGUUACAGAGACGUUGGCACGAGUCUAUAUUUUCACUCCAGG